AUGUCAAAUUUAUCCAAACUUGAGUUUGUGACAUUAGAUAUUUCUGCAAAGAAUUAUCUUUCAUGGGUACUCGAUGUUGUGAUUCACUUAGCUGCUAAAGGUCUUGAUGCCAUCAUUACUCAGGGAAAUAAAACAUCGAGCCAAGAUAAGGCGAAGUCUAUGAUUUUCCUUCGUCAUCAUUUUGAUGAGGGCCUGAAGAUUGAAUAUCUGACGAUAAAAGAUCCACUUGAAUUUUGGACUGAUUUAAAGGGGAUAUAUGACCACCUAAAGGCAACAGUGAUAACCUCCCAACUGAAAUUAUGUGGGGAGAUUAUAAAAGAUGAGGACAUGUUGGAAAAGACACUUACUACUUUCCAUGCCUCAAAUGUGAUAUUGCAGCAUCAAUAUCGUGAAAAGGGUUUUCAGAAAUACUCUGAACUGAUCUCAUGUCUCUUGGUGGCUGAGCAACAUAAUGCUCAUUUAAUGAAAAAUCAUGAAGCUCGUCCUACUAGAACUGCUCCACUACCGGAAGCAAAUGUAGUUGAAGCACGUGAUCAAUCUGAAGUAAAAAGAGAUGAUCAUCAGGGCUAUAAUAAUACACAGGGACGUGACAAAGAAAAGAGGUGA